GCCAAAGGAAAAACAAGAUGUUGAAAGUCACAGAGCUGUGUAUAUUGGAGUUCACGUCCCAUUUGGAAAACAAGGCCGUCGACGGCAUAGACAUCGUGGGCACAGACAUCACAGAAGAAAAAAAGAAAAAGAAGCUGACAGAGAGGAUGGCCGAGAAUCUCCAUCAUAUGACACGCCAUCUCAAAGAGUGCAGUUUAUCUUGGGUACUGAAGACGAUGAUGAACACAUUCCCCAUGAUCUCUUCACUGAAAUGGAUGAACUUUGCUUCAGAGAUGGAGAAGAAUAUGAAUGGAAAGAAACAGCUAGGUGGCUAAAAUUUGAAGAGGAUGUUGAAGAUGGUGGUGAUCGAUGGAGCAAGCCUUACGUAGCAACCCUGUCUCUGCACAGUCUCUUUGAACUGCGAAGCUGUAUUCUUAAUGGGACGGUCAUGCUGGACAUGAGAGCAAACACACUAGAUGAGAUAGCAGAUAUGGUUUUGGACAACAUGAUUGCCUCUGGCCAGCUCCAUGAAUCCAUAAGAGAGAAUGUGAGAGAGGCUCUUCUAAAAAGGCACCAUCACCAGAAUGAGAAAAAAUUCAGCAAUCGGAUUCCCCUGGUUCGGUCUUUUGCAGAUAUAGGCAAGAAACAUUCUGACCCUCACUUGCUUGAACGAAAUGGGGAAGGCCUUUCAGCCUCCCGUCACUCUUUGCGAACAGAAAACCGUUUGUCAGUUCUUCUCAAUUACCUUCUUCCUUCUUCAAGAGCUGGAACCCCGGCAACCUCGAGGUGUACAACCCCAGUAACUACCCCUCAAAACACACCACCCUCCAGUCCUACCUGCAGCCACCCGCCAACCACAAGUGCCCAUCCAAAGCCACUUCAGGGCAAGGAAUUGCUGGUGUCACCUGCCAGUGAUGAUAUUCCUUCAGUAAUAAUCCACCCACCUGAGGAGGACUUAGAAGUGCAGGAAAGCCAGGAAAAGAAGACAGAGGAAAAUAAUGGCAAAACACCAGGGCUGUUGGCAUCUCCACAGUCAGCACCUGGAAAUUUAGACACUGGGAAAAGUGGAGACGUUAAAGGUACUGGGACAGGCGGAAGCAGAGAAAACAGCACUGUUGAUUUUAGUAAGGAGUCAGCCUCCUGGCACUGUAGUUGUGGCACACUGGGUGUGGGACUCAAGAGGCCAUCUGUUGAUAUGAACUUCAUGAGGAAAAUUCCUUCAGGAGCAGAAGCAUCAAAUGUGUUAGUGGGAGAAGUAGAUUUUUUAGAAAGACCUAUUAUUGCCUUUGUGAGGCUCUCCCCUGCUGUGCUUCUCUCGGGUCUCACAGAGGUUCCAGUUCCUACACGGUUUUUGUUUUUGUUGCUGGGACCAGCAGGAAAAGCUCCACAGUACCAUGAAAUUGGAAGAUCCAUAGCAACACUUAUGACAGAUGAUGUUUUCCAUGAUGUUGCCUAUAAAGCAAAAGACCGAAAUGAUUUGUUGUCAGGAAUUGAUGAAUUUUUAGACCAAGUGACAGUCCUGCCUCCAGGAGAAUGGGAUCCAUCUAUACGAAUUGAGCCUCCAAAAAGUGUUCCUUCCCAGGAGAAAAGGAAGGUACCUAAAUUUCCAAAUGGAUCUACUCCUACAGGAGAGACUCUCAAAGAAGAAGGCCAUCAUGCUGGACCUGAACUUGAGAGAACUGGAAGGCUUUUUGGUGGUUUGAUACUUGACAUCCAAAGGAAAGCACCUUUUUUCUUGAGUGACUUCAAGGAUGCAUUAAGCCUGCAGUGCCUGGCCUCGAUUCUUUUCCUAUACUGUGCCUGUAUGUCUCCUGUAAUCACUUUUGGAGGGCUCCUGGGAGAAGCUACACAAGGCAGAAUAAGUGCAAUAGAGUCUCUCUUUGGAGCCUCAUUAACUGGGAUUGCCUAUUCUCUCUUUGCUGGGCAACCUCUUACUAUUUUGGGGAGCACCGGACCAGUUCUAGUAUUUGAAAAAAUAUUAUUUAAAUUUUGCAGGGAUUAUGAUCUUUCCUACCUCUCCCUGCGAACUAGCAUUGGUCUGUGGACUGCAUUUUUAUGCAUAGUGCUUGUAGCCACAGAUGCCAGCAGCCUUGUGUGUUACAUCACUCGAUUUACUGAGGAAGCUUUUGCAGCGCUUAUAUGCAUCAUAUUUAUUUAUGAGGCACUGGAAAAGCUUUUUGAUUUGGGAGAAAUGUAUGCCUUCAAUAUGCACAUUGAUUUGGAUAAACUGACUUCUUAUUCAUGUGUGUGUGCUGAGCCUGAGACACCCAGCAAUGAAACUUUGCAGGUGUGGAGGAGUAUGAAUAAGUCUGUGGAAAAUAUAGCAUGGAGUAACCUCACAGUUUCCGAAUGUUUAGAAUUCCAUGGUGUGUUUCGUGGAUCAGCUUGUGGCCAUCACAGACCAUAUAUUCCAGAUGUUCUCUUCUGGUCUGUCAUAUUAUUCUUUACAACAUUUUUCCUCUCCUCUUUCCUUAAGCAAUUCAAGACCAAACGCUAUUUCCCAACAAAGGUGCGUUCAACCAUCAGUGACUUUGCAGUAUUUCUGACCAUAGUUAUCAUGGUUUUGAUUGACUAUCUUGUAGGAGUACCUUCUCCUAAGCUUCAUGUUCCAGAGAAAUUUGAACCCACCCGAAAAGACCGAGGAUGGUUCAUAGAUCCUCUGGGAAGCAAUCCUUGGUGGACGCUCUUGAUAGCUGCUGUUCCUGCUUUACUCUGUACCAUUCUCAUUUUCAUGGAUCAACAAAUAACAGCUGUUAUUAUAAACAGGAAAGAGCAUAAGCUGAAGAAAGGCUGUGGUUAUCAUCUUGAUCUGCUGAUGGUUGGUGUUAUGCUGGGGAUCUGUUCUAUCAUGGGCUUACCGUGGUUUGUUGCUGCAACUGUCCUGUCUAUAAGUCAUGUUAAUAGCCUGAAAGUUGAAUCUGAAUGCUCAGCACCAGGAGAGCAACCCAAGUUUUUGGGAAUCCGGGAGCAACGAGUGACAGGAUUGAUGAUUUUUGUCCUGAUGGGGCUGUCAGUGUUCAUGACCUCAGUGUUAAAGUUUAUUCCAAUGCCAGUUUUAUAUGGUGUCUUCCUUUACAUGGGAGUAUCUUCAUUAAAAGGCAUCCAGUUUUUUGACCGUAUAAAACUGUUUGGGAUGCCUGCCAAACAUCAACCUGACCUGAUUUAUCUACGUUACGUGCCUCUCUGGAAGGUUCAUAUCUUUACAGUUGUUCAGCUCACUUGUCUAGUUCUGUUGUGGGUGAUUAAAGCCUCUGCAGCUGCUGUUGUUUUCCCUAUGAUGGUUCUAGCAUUAGUAUUCAUUCGCAAGCUCAUGGAUUUAUGCUUCACCAAAAGAGAGCUUAGCUGGCUUGAUGAUCUUAUGCCAGAAAGUAAAAAGAAGAAAGAAGAUGACAAAAAGAAAAAAGAGAAAGCAGAAGCAGAGAGAAUGCUUCAGACAGGGGACAGUGAAAGCGUACACCUUACAUAUGGAGAAGCAAAUUUGGAUUUUCCUGUAAAAACCCUGAAAUACAG